AUGGCGAUCAAGUGCCCCUCUGUGGACUACCAGCUCGUCGGAGCAAAGAAGGUGCAGCAAGCACUCGCUCGUCCCGGCGCCGUCGAGAGGUUCGUCGGCGACGCAGCUGGCCAUCGGCUGCGGGGCAGCUUCGCUGGCCUUUGGGGCUUGGGCCGGGGUGAGGAUGACUCCCAGAUCAUCAAGCAAGCCUGCGAACGACCGGAGGAGUUUGUGCUGAAGCCUCAGCGAGAAGGUGGCGGCCACAACUUCUACGGUGCAGAUGUUGCCAAGAAGCUGAAGGAGCUGACGCCUGAGGAGCGAAGUGCUUACAUUCUGAUGCAGCGGAUACUUCCGGGCCUGCAGCCCUCCGUCAUGACCCGCGAGGGAAAAGUGCAGGUGAUGGACUGCUUGUCAGAGUUUGGCUUUUACUCCGUUUUCCUUGGUGAUGGCAGGAAUGUUCAUCUUUCCGAGCAUGCGGGGCACUUGGUGCGAACGAAAGCCCAAGGUGUGGAUGAAGGCGGUGUUGCGGCGGGAUACGCUGUGAUCAGUGGCCCCUUCCUGACCUAG